AUGCCUUCAGCUGGCGUGCAUCCAAUUGCAUUAUUGAGUGUUUGCGAGCUAUGUACACGUGCCCAGCUACGUCAAGACACUACACCAGUUAUUGGUGGACUGUAUGGAACAGUUGUUAAUGAUUUUAUAGAAAUCUGGUAUGCGUUCGAGGUAAGGCGAGAGGGUAGUGGCAUUGAUACAAAGUUCUUGAUUGACAAAGACGGGCUGCUGAAAACAACCAAUCCAGCAAUGCAACUUUUAGGCUGGUUCAGAACUGAAAUGGGUGCCGAGAAUAUGGAUUCGUGGGUUUAUAGCAUCCACGCACAGGUUGAGUCGGUCGUCCCUAAUCCACUGUUGUGUACGUUCUCUGUGCCUAUACCCCAGGAUAGUACGGAGUUUCCGGUCAGAGCAUUCAAACUUGGUGAAGCAGGAAUCAUUGAAAUCCCGGUCGAGUUCAGCCUCGACAGGCCUGAAGAAACGGCUGUUAAUGAUGUCAUGACAAUGCGCUCGAAGUCCAAAGGAGCCGUUUCCGACCAAUUGGCGAAACAAACCAAUGCUAUGAUUCUGCUGCAUGAGCGCCUGGUUGUUUUACGUGACUACUUACAAAAAGCUUUAGACUGCGACAAUGUCGACCAGGGAGUUGUUGCAAAAAUCGUUACCGCAGUCGACUUGCUUGUUAGAGAAAACGACGUGCUUCACACGCAAGAGUCCGAACACACCGAGGUCGGAGUUAUUACAGAAGUUCUUGCCGCCGUCAUUCUAAACUGUGACAAAAAACUCCUGCAGAAUGCCGAUAAAUUCUAA